CAUCGUAAUAGAUUUUAGCUGAUUCGAUCUAAUCUACCGUAAUCGAUAGCCACUAACCAGCAUCUGUGUCGGGACGUUCGCCGUUAAUCAGUGUAACUCCCACCGUGCCUCCUUCCAGCUACAUCCAGUGAAACAGUGAACGGCAUCUUCCCAUCUAGUCCUCCUGGUGAUAGCCCUCUCCAUUUUGUGUCGUGUCUUGUGUCGUCGCCUCCCAUCUUCUGGGUUGUGUACUCCACGUCGCCUAUGACCGAGCACUAAAGAUCCAAGUAACAUUAACCCAUUCUUCCCCUGCAUCCCCCGGAUAGAACGCUGUGAAAGCUGGAGAAGCUAGAGCAAUUUACGAAACUUUCCAAGAUGGAUCGAAAAGCGGAGCUAGAACGGAAGAAGGCCAAACUGCAGGCGCUGCGUGAUGAGAAAGAUCGCCGACGAAAGGAGAAGGAGCAGAAGGAUCUACAGGAAGCGUCUGGGAAAGUGGGAACCGCAGAAUUCGGUCCCAGAAAAGAUCUAGAUGAAAUGCUCUCAUCGCUCGGUGUAACUCCGGUAACGGAGGUGCUGUCGUCACUAUCUUCGGUCAACUCAGCCACGUCUGAUCAUUCCGCAACGCAUACCCCUGAUGCUAGCCUACAGAUCAGCACCAAUGGAAGCAGCAACCGUAAAAAGCCAGUCAACUUAUGUCUGGUGUCCGUGCAGGCGACCAACAUUCCGCCGAAGGAAACAGUCUCCUAUUCCAAACAAACACAAACCAACAGCUCUGGCGGUCUUCGCGAUGCUCACGCAACCGACUAUUACGAUGAAUACAAUCUUAACCCCGGUUUAGAAUGGGAGGAUGAGUUUACAGUGCUUACUUUUGGCAACGGUCAAGGUGAUGAUGAGGAAAGCUCCUUGACCCAUAUCGACCAUGGGUUCCACUCGAAGCUGCCACCCGGCAUCCUGCCACACGGUUUACCGACGGUAAAGGAGGUUGCCCCAGCCAUUACACCACAGGAGCAAAAGAAGGAGGACACGAAAGAAGUGAAAGAACUGUCUGCCGAGCAAAAACAGAUGAUUACCUUGUCCGAAGACUAUAAAAAGUUCAUACUACGCGCCGGUAAACUCAUGGAACGCGCCCUCUCGGAGACGGUGGACAUUUACACGGAUUAUAUCGGCGGUGGUGAGGCGGACGAUAUCAACGAUGAAAAGUCCCAGGCUCGGCUGUCGCUCAAUCGAACGUUCUACUGUGAACGUUGGACAAAAAACCGCUGCGUUACUUCAUUCGAUUGGUCAACCCACUAUCCCGAGUUGAUGAUCGCGUCGUAUCACAAUAAUCUAGAAUUACCAAACGAACCGGACGGAGUGGUGGUUGUGUGGAAUACUAAAUUUAAAAAGCAAACCCCUGAGGAAGUGUUCCAUUGCCAAAGCGCAGUCCUAUCAUCCUGCUUUGCCCAGUUCCACCCCAACCUUAUUCUUGGCGGCACAUACUCGGGCCAGAUCGUGCUGUGGGACAAUCGCGUACAGAAGCGAACACCGAUCCAACGAACGCCCCUAAGCGCUUCUGCUCACACACAACCUGUUUUCUGUCUCUCGAUGGUUGGCACACAGAACGCGCACAAUAUUAUAUCGAUAAGCUCCGAUGGCAAGCUGUGUUCGUGGAGUCUCGAUAUGCUGUCGCAACCGCAGGAUGUGCUGGAGUUGCAGCAGCGUCAAUCAAAGGCUAUUUCGGUCACUUGCAUGGCAUUCCCAAACAACGAGGUGAACAACUUCGUGCUGGGUAGUGAAGACGGUUUUGUGUACUCGGCCAGCCGCCACGGUAACCGUUCCGGUAUCGGUGAGACGUACGAAAAGCAUCUGGGGACGGUUACUGGUAUCUCGGCGCAUCACAAUCAAUCGUCACCCGACUUUGGUCAUCUGUUCCUCACGUCUGCGAUGGACUGGACGACCAAGCUGUGGAGCCUCAAGGAUAAUCGACCACUGCACUCGUUCGAUGCACAAGAGUACGUGAUGGAUGUUGCGUGGUCGCCCAUCCACCCGGCCCUGUUUGCCUGUGUUAAUGGCAACGGACGGCUCGACCUGUGGAACCUCAACCAAGACACCGAGGUACCGACGGCGUCGGUGAUUGUAGACGGGCAACAGGGACUGAACCGCGUAUCGUGGACACCAUCCGGCCUGCAUGUGACGGUCGGUGAUGACACAGGCCGUGUCCACGUAUACGAUGUAGCGGAUAAUCUUGCUAAUCCUCGAAUGGACGAGUGGAACAGGCUUAGUGGAGUACUGAACGAGUUGAUGGACAACAAGACAGAAGACUUGGAGGAGAUAGACAAGAAGUCGCCGGUCCCGCAAACAUCCUCGCUCACGUCGCUCACGACCCCAUCGGUCAUGUCAUCUCAUCGCGCAUCCCAGCAGCAGUAACACCAGCAGCUGUGAUGAGAUUUUGUUCAUUAAAACUAUAUAAAAAAUACAAAAUCUAUAAAAAUAUAAAUAACACAAAAACAUUAAUUUAAAAAAACAUAAAAAAUAUCUAAAACUUAUAAAUUAUAAAAAUAAAUUAAUUAAUUUAAUCAACGCUGAAAA